CGCAUUCGAUGGGUACUGUCGGCGAAAGAGUCGACAGUACCACACCAAGAAGAGAUAUCGCAAUUUUUAGCAGUGAUAGAUAGUAUUAUUUUUCAAAAAUGUCAACAAAAUGGAAUCAGCAGGUUGCUACCAAUGUGAAGUAUGAGAUGCGCCACGUGAGCAGGGAGAAGAGAGCUCAGAUUUUAGGAUCCGGUGAAAGGCGUUUUAGGGGUUGUACAGUUUGGUUCACUGGACUUUCCGGGGCUGGAAAAACUACAAUUUCUUUUGCUCUGGAAGAAUUUCUGGUCUCCAAUGGCAUUCCUGCUUACAGCCUGGACGGAGACAAUAUGAGAACAGGUUUAAAUAAAAAUCUUGGAUUUUCUAAAGAAGACAGAGAAGAGAAUAUUAGACGUAUUUCUGAAGUUUCAAAGCUUUUUGCCGAUGCAGGUCACAUUUGUCUUUGCAGCUUUGUUUCUCCAUUUAAAGAGGACAGAGAUCGCUCUAGAAAGGCUCACGAAGAAUCGAACUUACCAUUUUUUGAAGUAUUUGUGGAUACGCCUAUAGAAGUGUGCGAAGAACGUGAUGUUAAAGGUCUCUAUAAAAAAGCUAGAGAAGGCACGAUUAAGGGAUUUACUGGAGUUGAUCAAGAGUACCAGAAACCAGAGCAUCCUGAGUUGGUUCUUAAAACAGCCAAGACACCUAUAGAAGACUCAGUACAAUUAGUAGUAGAAAUGUUAAUAGAAAAUGGUAUCAUUCCAAAAAAUGUAAACGUGAACGGUUUAAGUCCAACAAAGGAAGCUUUUGGUGCAGUAAAAGAACUGUUUGUACCUGAAAAUGAACUUAAGGAUAUUGUAAAUGAUUCCCAUAACAUGCCUAGGAUUGAUAUGAAUAAAGUAGAUGUGCAAUGGCUGCAGGUGCUUAGUGAAGGAUGGGCUACGCCUUUGAAAGGAUUUAUGAGAGAAGAUGAAUACCUUCAGGUUCUUCAUUUUAAUACCCUAUCUGUAAAUAAAGCCAGAAUAAACCAAAGUGUUCCCAUAGUACUACCCAUAAGCAGCUCUGUAAAAGAAAAGCUGGAAGGCAAGAAGGAUGUUGCAUUGUUUUACAACGAUGAACUGUACGCCAUUUUAAGAGAUCCAGAAAUAUUUUACCACAGAAAGGAAGAAAGGGUGGCUAGACAGUUUGGUACUACACAUAAAGGGCAUCCACACGUUAAGCUGAUAUACGAAUCUGGUGAUUGGCUAAUAGGAGGUGAUCUAGCUGUAGUAAAAAGAGUCAAGUGGAACGAUGGCUUGGACAAGUAUCGAAUGACUCCUAAAGAAUUGCGAAAAAAAUUCGAAACUAUGGGUGCCGAUGUAGUUUUCGCGUUCCAACUUCGAAAUCCAAUCCACAAUGGACACGCUUUGUUAAUGACAGACACUAAAAGACAAUUGAUUGAAAAAGGUUAUAAGAAACCAGUGUUGCUUUUAAAUCCUCUUGGUGGAUGGACCAAAGAUGAUGACGUUCCACUUGACAUACGCAUGCAGCAACACCAAGCAGUGCUCGAAGAUAACGUGUUGGAUAAGGAUUCCACAGUUCUGGCUAUAUUUCCCAGUCCAAUGUGUUAUGCUGGACCAACAGAGGUGCAGUGGCACGCCAAAGCUAGGAUGGUAGCCGGCGCCAACUUUUACAUAGUAGGCCGUGAUCCGGCCGGAGUACCACAUCCAGAGGGAACCAAAUCCACCCCUGACGGAAACAUGUACGACUCGACCCACGGAGGACGUGUCCUAAAGAUGGCUCCGGGAUUAUCCAGUCUGGAAAUCAUACCGUUCAGAGUUGCUGCAUACGACACGAAAGAAAAGGCUAUGGCCUUCUUCCAGCCACACAGGAAGGAGGAGUUUGAUUUUAUUUCGGGAACUAGAAUGAGAAAGUUUGCAAGAACUGGAGAACAGCCACCAGAAGGAUUCAUGGCACCAAAAGCGUGGCAAAUCAUUUCAGAUUACUAUCAGUCUUUGGAAUUGAAAUCAUAAUGUAUUGAAGCUCCGUUUUCUUGUUGUUAUCUACCAUUAUGUUUUUAUAUAAAGUAAAAAUCAUUUAUGUUUACAAUAAAUAUUAAUAUAAUUUCCCAAAAAAAUACUAUAAAAAUUCAAAUUUUUGUUCUUUGCAAAAUUGUAAAUUAUAAUUGUAAUGUCACUUUAAUUAAUUGUAAAAUUCAAUAAUUAAUCUAUUUUUGUUUAUUAUGUUGUUGCAAUGUUAAGCUAAUUUUUAGUGUUUAA